CAGAUCAUUCUUGUUCCAAGUGUCCGCAGUUCAACAUGGCAGCGGUGGAUGUCAUCGUGGACAACUUUGCGGCACUGUGGAGUAAACCGUUUAAUCGUGUUAUAUUGGCUCAGAUCUUUUUUGCUAUUUCAAUAGUGGGAUCCUUUGUAAAUUGGACACAGCUCGUUCCGGAGACAUAUUUCAGCAACAGAAGAAAUGUUGUCAAUAUGUAUUUUGUCAAAGUUUCCUGGGGCUGGUCCUUGCUGCUGUUGACCCCGUUCAUCCUCUUCACGUCAUACAAGAACUUGACCUUUGCCCUCCGGCGACUGAGCUCAUUGGUGGUGGCCACAGCCGUUUGGUACACCAUCACCAAGUUUUUUUCCUACAUCAACAAUGCCACAGGUACCUGUCACGUUCCUGAAUCUGAAGCCAUGGAUCAAGUCCCUCAUGAUGACAUCACCUCAUGCAGGAAUGCUGGGGGUCAAUGGGACGGCAUUGCCAUCUCAGGACACUCGUUCAUUCUGUCGUACUCUGCACUCGUCAUUGCCGAAGAAAUGGCACCUAUGGUGCACAUGGUGAAGAAGAACAGGAAUACUGUUUUGGAUUUGUUAUAUGUUUCCCUUAAUUGGAUAGUAAUCAUCUGGAUAUGGAUGUUUGUGUGUACGUCGGUGUACUUUCAUUCUUUCCCUGAGAAGCUUCUCGGGACAGUUUUGGGGAUUGUGCCAUGGUUUGUCACAUAUCGGAUAUGGUAUUCAAUGCCCUUCUCUCCUGGUCUCCCAUAUCAGCCAAAAGAGCAGAGACAACUAGCUUAAAACCAGCACUACUUAGCACUAGGCUAGACCUCCUACUCUCCUACUGUAUUGUGCCACCUUCAAAACACUCACGUUAAAAACAUUGACAUUCUUCUCACGUUCCAAGUUGACUGUUGCCAUUGAAAGUUUUUUUUCUUUCCUUCAGAAAGGUCAUUGGACAGGGGACCAGGGUUGGUUUGCACACGCGGGUCUCAACUCCCUGUGUAGCUGUAGCUGGUGUUCUUAAAAUGACACUGAUGUCAUCCGAGAUCAGUGCAGUGCAUGGCGUUAGUGCCAAGGCCUAUCUACUAGCUAGUCGUCCCCAGGGUUGGGGUCAAUUUCAUUUCAUUUUAGGCAGUAAACAGACUUUUUUUAAAGAAAAAGGUGUGCACCCCAACCUAAAGAAAAAUAAAUUCACCACAACUCUAGGGUCGUGUUAUUUUUUUGUAUACUUCAUCUUUUAAAAGCCAAUGUUGUUGUGAAAGCUUUUGCUGUAUGUGUAUGUAGAGUUGGAGAGUGUCAUUUUAGUGUUAGUUCAUUUUCAGUUUGUUUCCAUUCUCAUUAUUUUAUUUGUGUGGAAAUGUAUAUUGGAGAGAAAUAUAUCAAGUAAUAAUUUUAGUGGCAAAUGUAGUGGGGAACACUUGAGAAUGUUUACAAUUAAAUAUAAUUUGUUUGUG